AUGGAGUUACUGGCACUCUUGUUCACCAUUGUUUUGGUCUCUGGUUUGAGUGUCAGCUUGGUGGACCCAAAGCAUUAUCUCCUGAGAUACAAGAUUCCAAUUCAUACCCAAGUUGACAUUGACCCAGCAAGAUAUUUGUGCCACAGGUGCAACCUUCUGCGUCAAAGGGAGGAUGUGAAACACUGUCACGAAUGCGGGAAAUGCGUGGAUGGUUUUGAUCAUCACUGUUACGCCCUCAACCAUUGCAUUGGGGCAAGGAAUUACUGGAUCAUGAUGCUGCUCUUCAACAAUGGACUGCUUUUGACCACAGCUUUGCUGAUUGCAGCUGUAGCUUUCAUCUACGGGGUUCUAGCUCGAAGCAGAAUCAUGAUCCCUCAAUUUGCACAAUCGAAAACAGAUCUGGCAUCUGACAAAUUGAUCUGCUUCGGGUCUCCGUGUUUGGCAUUGAUUCCCCUAAUCGUCGUCAUCGUUUACGUUAUCCCGACAGUUCUAGUACUCUUCAGUUUCGGCGCUCUUGUCGGCGCCCAUUGGAGCCUCGUUGCGGAGAACUCAACCACUUGGCAGCACUUCAAAGAGAGGAAAUCGACGCCUGAAAAAGGAAAAAGUUUGAUCAUGAGGCAAGAAAUCGAAUCAUGA